AUGCAAGGAGAUUCCGCCGUCGAUGCAUCAUUCGCUUCACUAAACAAGCAGAGAUUCUAUGGCUUUUCUGCCCUCUUCAUGUUUGUUAUUCGCAUGGGAAGCUACCCAAUAUCAUUGGUCAAGACACGUCAGCAAGUCGCAAAUCUAGAUGAAGGACGAGGGACUUUCAGAAUUAUGGCGAAUAUAUUCAAAACUGAAGGUCCUCGUGCUCUUUGGCAAGGGUUUCCAGUCACCAUUAUUGGAGCAAUCCCGUCACAGAUACUCUACCUCACGGCGAUGGAGACUUCUAAAAUACCAGUGACCAAGCUGUGUAAAAGUUUUGGAUGGAACGAUCAUCGAACAGCUGUAUUUGCCAAUCUCAUUGGAGGAGGUUGUGCGUCUUUGGCUUCACAGGUGGUUGUAGUUCCUGUGGAUGUGAUAUCCCAGAGAAUGAUGGUACAAAAGAGAUUGCUCGCGACUGCCAGCAUACCGCAACAGACAGCAACGUCAGCAGCACAGGAAGUUACUUUAUCAGCAAAUAAAUCAAAGCCACUGCCAUCAGCUCCAUACACAAAAAUACCCAUUCAUGAUGUUCCAGCUCGGGGACCGCUUCCGAAUAUACCACAUAACAUAACUAUCAUACCGCCAACGUCCUCAUCGUCGUCGGCUCAUCUCCAUCUAAAACCAUACUCUUCUGCAGCUGCUGCUUCAAUCGAUCAGCCCUACUUUCGAAAUGGUUGGGAGUGCGCCAAAUACGUUAUCAAAACCGAUGGAAUAAGUGGACUAUGGUAUGGAUUUGGUACAUCUAUACUGACCUAUGCCCCAUCUUCAGCUGUUUGGUGGGCAACUUACGCGGGAUGCAGAAGAAUGUACUCGUCUAUAUUUGGUUUGGAACUUACUGGAGGAACAUUGGGCUUGGAACGAGAAAAGAGUCUAGCAAACUCAUUUGGCGUAGAGACUUCAUAUUUAGUCGGUCUCCAGGGUCUAGGUGUUUCAGCGUUGAGUGGAGCUUCUGCUGGAGCUACUGCGGCGAUCUGUUGUUGUCCUAUGGAUGUAGUUAAAACGAGAAUUCAAACAGUGAAUCGAUCUGCUAUGAAAGUGAAGCGCUCUGAAUUCCAACUGCUAAAAUCUACCAUCACUGAGCUGUAUGAGAAAGAAGGUUGGCGUGGAUUUUUCCGGGGUGUCAGGUCUCGAGUCUGGCAGAUGGCACCAGUAUCCUGCUUGAUGAUAUUGUCGUAUGAUACGGUGAAGAGGCUGGCUGUAAUACGUGAUUAG